AAAAUUAAUUUUAAAUUUAAAAAAUGCAUCUAAGAAGUUUUACCGCGUCUCUGUUUUCAUUUAUAUUAAUUAAUUUAAGCAAUGCCCAAUGGAAUACAAAGGAUUUCAUGAAAAGGGAGCAUUCUUUAAUAAAACCGUAUUAUGGAUCUGGGAUAGAUAUUCCAUUCUGGCAAUUCACUGGAAAUACUAUUGUUACUCCUAACCAUAUAAGACUUACAGAUGACUCCCAAAGUAAAAGAGGGGCUUUAUGGAACUCAGUUCCUGUAAGUGUUCGUCACUGGGACUUGCAAGUUCAAUUUAAGGUGCAUGGCAAAGGUAAAGAUUUGUUUGGGGAUGGGUUUGCUAUCUGGUAUGCCAAAGAACCCAUGGUAGAUGGUACCAUUUUUGGCAGCAAAGACUACUUCCAAGGUUUAGCCAUUAUUUUGGAUACAUACAGUAACCACAAUGGCCCACACAAUCAUCAGCAUCCCUACAUUUCUGCCAUGAUCAAUAAUGGAUCAUUGCACUAUGACCAUGACAGAGAUGGCACACACACUCAGUUGGCUGGGUGUGAGGCUAAGUUCCGUAAUAUGGAUUAUGAUACACAUCUUUCAGUUAAAUAUGAAGGGGAUGUUUUAACUGUAUCAACUGAUAUAGAAAACAAAGCAGCAUGGAAAGAAUGUUUUCAAGUUAAAGGAGUAAAAUUACCAACUGGUUAUUUUGUUGGUCUAACAGCUACAACUGGUGAUUUAUCUGAUAACCAUGAUAUUAUGUCUGUGAGAUUAUUUGAACUUGAUUCUCCCAAUAAUCAAAUUGAUGAAGACAGAUCAAACAUUGUACCUUCAGCCACAUUUUUUGAACCACCAAGGGACCACAUAGAAGACCCCAAACCUUCAUCUCUCUCUGGAAUCAAAAUAUUCCUGUUGAUGCUCCUGGGUAGUAUUGCUGUUGUGGCCUGUGUUGUAAUAGGUAUUAUGUUCUAUCAGAAGCACCAAGAAAAAAGCCGAAAACGUUUUUACUAAGCCCAAAAGUCUAUUUUUUUGCUAUAAGAAUGUUAUUUUGGAUUGUUUAUUGAUUUUUCUACCAUUAUUUGUAAAUAUGGUUUUUGACUGAGAUUGGUAUAAUUUAUUAUGGAAUAUUUUUUAUUGUUUAGUCAGUAGUAAGGAAGUUUCAUCAAUUCAAAAUUAUUGAAAUAAUCAGUUUGUUUUAUUUAUAGCCUUGAUAACUUAUUUAUGGUAAUGUAUGUAAUCUAUUUUACAUAUUUUGCUUUGAAAAUAUUUACAAUAAAAAUUGUAUGUUCAAUUUAGG